AUGGCGGAUAAUUUAAACACGAUUGACCGCGAUGGACUAUCUGCUCUUCAUCGAGCUGUUCGUGUUAAUAAUAUCCAGGAUGUCAAAAAUAUGCUGGAUUAUGGGGCGGAUAUUGACUUGAAGGACAAAGAUGGUUUCACGCCAAUUCAUACUGCUGUAAGGUAUCUGCAAUUAAAUAAUUAAAAUAAAAAGGGGGAGCAAGCAACAACUGGAAAAGGACAUUCUCUUAUCUAUCUCCGCUUCAACGACUGCUUUAAGAAAUAGUGUUUUCCUUCACUUUUUCAUAUUGUCCUUAGACAGAGAAAGAUAAUUAAUUGACCUCAGCCAACCGAUAAAAAAGAAAAUUUUUUAAAAUCUCUCGCAAGGUUAACGAUUAAGGAAACGCCGCGGGUAUGUUGGCUUAGCAAAACUGUGAGUUCUGAAAAAUUCCUAGAUGCCCCCUUAGCAAUCACCUAGAUACUUAUUUCAUCGUCGUCGCUCUCUGCGUUUGUGCCUUUCUGCUCUCCUCUUAGUUACGUGGGAGUAAAAUUGUGUCUCCAGACUAAGGGCUGUUCAUGUGAAUAACUUUGUCUUUCCUUCAGGAAUGGGUUUUGUUUCAGAAUGGCCCUAUUUUUGGAAUCCGUUUUUAUCCUGGUCAAAAAAAAUACACUGUCUUCCUUGGUUCCAAUUUUUUUAGAAUUUUAAAAAUAUCCCAAAAACAUGACACAACUCCUAUAAGAACUACUGAAACGAGCAUUGGACUCAAAAAUUGAAACUGUUUUUAGCCAAAUAUAAACAGAAAAACCAGCCUUUGCAGUGUGCCUUGUCUACUUCUUCGCACUCUUCGGUUUGAUUUAUAUUUUUGCUGCCUACUGCUGUUACAGACUAGAUGAGGAAAAUAUUCAGAAAUUUCAUUUGAUUCUCAUCGUACUUUCGCAAAUAUUUGAUUUAUUUAAGGUUCGAAAGAACAGAGAUGAUCAAGCUUCUGCUUGAAAGGGGAGCGGACCCACUUAUAGCGACCGAAAUUCAAACGUCACCACUGGAUUCAGCUGUACGUACCAGCCUCGUGGAGAUAUGCGUUCUUCUUCUUGAAGACCAAAGGGUGAAAAAUUACUUAGACCAAGGAAAUUUAAAGCCCUUGCUUCUAGCCUGUUAUGAGGGAAGGCGAGAAGUUUGUGAGUUGCUUUUAAGGUAUGGAGCCGAUUUCACCCGCACGGUAUUUGGGGGAAGCACUCCUCUACAAAUUGCAGCUUUUCAGGGACAUGAAGACGUGUGUGAACUAUUCAUUGAAACAGGUAAUAUAACCUAUGAAAAAAUGAAAAUUGGUAACGGUUAAAAAGAUGGGUUAAGAAUAACCUAGGGAUAGUGAAAUGUUUGAUAAGUUAAAAGUUAUAAUGAGUAUAAUUCAAGAUUGGCUGUUCUAGACUGAAAUAGCCUAAAAAUUAUCCGAGAAAACGCUUUUGAGUUGGUGCUAAUCGUCCUUCGAACAACUGAGCUCCGGUGAAUAAAUGGGAAAUAUGAUGUAUUGGUGCUUAUAUUUGCCCAACAAUCAAGCGGGCCCCAUCCUUAGGAAACUGUUAAUUUAAUUGCCAUUUUUCCAUUUUCAGGCUUAAAUUUACAACACUUUUCGCACUUCCUUUUUCUGUUCAUUGAUCAUUAUCACCGAGACCAUAAUGAACCAUGUUUACCCCCAAAAUUUUACUUAACCUCUGUUGCAAGGUAUGUCGACGUCCCAAGAGAAAUCCCAGACAAUAUUUCAUAUGCAAAAUUGGUUGUGGUGGUUAGGGGAGGGGAAGCAAGCAAGGCGCAUUUUGGUCUCUGUGAAAAAGGUCGAUACAUAUAUCCACUUAUCAUGUUAAUUUCUUAGCUUUUGAUAAUGAUGACAUGAAACCAAGUGCCUUAAAUUUUUUUGUUCAAACAGCAUCCAAAAAGCUGCAAGACCUUGGUGGAUUUGUGAAUUCAAAAAACGCAGAAGGCAACACUCCUCUUCACUACGCCUGCAUCGGAGGCCACCUGGGAGUGGGAGAACUUUUACUACGACACGGCGCGGAUCGUGACGCUGUUAAUUUUACAGCAUCUGCUUCACCGCUCCAUUUGGCGGCAAAACACGGCCACUUGUCAAUGGUAGAGCUACUUAUGCUGUAUAAUGCAGUUACUGGCAACAGAGAUGGCAAACUAAGGACGCCGCUACAUAGGUAUGGUGGGUUGGGAUUUAUUUUUUGUGUUAUUGCGGAAAUGAGAGUUUUAAAUUAUCCUCAAAAGUAGUUAAGAAAAGCGUCUUUUGAUAGGAGUAAUGCUUAUGUAAACGUAUGGAAGAAUGUCCCACUAUUGUAUUACUAACUUUAUUAUUAUUAUUAUUAUUAUUAUUAUUAUUAUUUUGUCAUUAAAUUGAUUCAGUAUGUAGAUUAGACACUGAUAAAAGCGAAGCUCCCUUAAAGACACUCAUAAUAGAUUUCAAACAAUUAACUUCAAAACAUGGCAAAGAAAUCCUUUCUUAAAUUUUAAGGUUUACCAUUUCCCUUUUGUAAGAAGAGCUGGGUGAGUUUGGGAAAAAAUAUUCGCAAAUAGACCUGGAACGAGCAAAAAUCUUGCAUCGAGUUAAGAGUCUUAUAUUUACACCCUGGACUUCCAUCGCCUGCCUCCUACCCACAGGCGCCCACACUAGCUACAAUGUGGACUGGCCUUCCUCCGUGAUGCGGACGGAUGAGCGGAAGUUUUCUCGGGUGAAUAUGAGCUUAUAUGGAAAACCAUAUUUCCAUACUUUUGGGGUUACGCAGCUAACGGGUAUCAUUUUUACAAUGACCAUAUUCAACUUUUUAGAUGCAAAUUUACUCGAUAGGAAUUUUUUUUUUCAGUGGAUAACACACACGCGUCAUAGCAGGCUUUUAACCCUUUUAUUUCAUUUCUAGUGCAGCAGAGUUUAAUCACAGUCAAAUAGUAAAGUUUUUGAUCGAGCGCGGAGCUGACUUAGAAGCGAAGGACAUUUUGGAGAUGACGCCUUUUCUAAUGGCUGUGACGCGUGGAGCUGUGGAAUCUGCCAAGAUGUUGGUAGACCAUGGAGCGGACAUUUUUGCAACUGACUUUUCAUUAAAUAGUGCUGUUCAUUUGGCUAUUACCUGCAAAAAGCCUGAAAUGUUGAAAUCAUUGAUAGAAGUGGACAAAGAUCGAGUUUUAGUACAAAUGAAGGACAAAGAUAAGAGGAAUGUGCUUCACCUUGCCUGUGGACAGGACGAUUCUGAGGUAUUCUUCUGUUAUUAUUUCGUUAACUUUGUCAUCAAUUUAUUUAUGGUAUAUUAAUUGGGACGAGGGUAUAGGUUAUCAUUUUACCGUUUAGAAAGCAAGGUUAAGGGUUCUACAAGUGAAGAAAAAUGUUGAAAAUUACUUAUACCAUAGAAUACCACACAUUAAUCUCCAUAAUUUACAGUCAUUGCCCUGGUCCAGAACAUGAGGUAUGGAACCGUUAGGUAACUAUUGUCUAAGCGUUUCUCCUCCCUUGUUUUUGCCAUCGGUAACGCGGCACUUGAAUUAAAUAGGCCACUUCCGAGUUCCCAAAAGCCUCACUUCUUGUGAAAAUGAGUUUUAUUUGCACGAGAAUGAAAAAUGAUUUCCAUAUCAAAGGCUGAGCACCUACCCUCGUUUUGAAACAGAGGCCAGGGGAAAAUCGGAAAUGGCCUAAUCCUCCCUCUCUGUUGAGCCCCCUACCCCUCUAAAAUGUGCUGGAAAUAAAUAAGUCACCAGGGUAGGGGAUUACGGUAUUUAUUUUGCAUUGGGCACGAACCUCAUCAAAAAUAAUAAAACAAAAACAGCGUUUUUUACGCGUUUGUUUUUUUAAUUGCGUACUUCUCGGUCUCGUUUUUUCUUUUUUAAGAUGUUGACAAUUCUUCUGCAAAAUAAAGUGUAUGUAAGAGGGCGUGACAUGCAGGAGAAGAUACCCAUUCACAUCGCAGCUGAGAAUGGUUCACUAGAUUGUGUGGUGACGCUCGCCAAAUACCCAUUAUUUGCAAGUUAUGUAGAUCAAAGGGAAGCUCGUGGAAUGACAGCUCUUCAUUUCGCCGCCAACAAUAAACACGCGUAAGUUAUGAAGAAACAAGUACCCAAAAUCUAUGCAAUACUUUGCGUUUUUCCUGCACAUGCUCUCUGGGUUACAGGGAAGACACUGAGCGCAGAGAAGAGGGGAACUUUGGAGUUAGCAUUUGUUACCUAACUUGUUGUGAUUUGUAACUAGUUGGCAAAUCCAUACAUCCGGCAGGAGACUGCGUGUACACUGUUUACAAACAUUGUUUUUUUUAAAUUUGAAUUUGUAACGAGUGAAACAAAGUAAUCUUUUGUUACAAAAAUUCUAUGCGCUUCUGGCUGACCAUUGAUAUCAAUAGGUGACCUCUUGAACUUGUUAUGGUUUGGUUUCCCCAUAAAGGUCUCAGGGCAGGUGUCAGGGAGACUGGUUAACUCCGAUUCAAAGGUGCUUUCAAACCAAAAAAAUCAUAUAAUCCUGUACUUAACCCCGGAGGUUUUCCUGGACGUUUCUAUAACGCCUUAGGGAUAUAACGUAACUGGUCCCCCCCCCCACCUUGGGAUCUCCCCCUCAAACUGUCAUUUUCUCUUAUAUUUUCCCUUUGGGCAAGAGAUUCCACCAAAACUGAUUUCUUAGCCAGCACUCCCCCAUCCCUGCCUAUGAAAGAAGUAACGGCCGAAGUGUACCUUAAGCCUUGGCUGAUGAACAUAUUUUUAAUCUUUUUUAUUGUGUUUUUCCUGUUGAAAAAUUUUGAUUCCAGAAAGACGUGUGAAUUCCUGAUUUCAAAGGGUGCGGAUGUCUCAGCUAAAUGCAUGAACAAUGUGACGCCCCUUCACUUGGCUGUGACGGUGGGAUCCUUAGAGACAGUCGUUGUUUUAAUGAAUCCCUUCUUGCCGAGUACACUGGAAGAGAAGGACAGUGAUGGAAACACUCCUCUUCAUCUCGCAUGCAGAUACAACCGCCUUGAUGUGCUGCAGUUUCUUUUAGACAGAGGUGCCGACGUCACAGUCAGAAAUGAGAGAAAUAUGACCUGUGUAGAUGUAGCGAUCGAGUGGGAAGCCGAGGAUGUAGCAAAGACACUUGUGAAACAUCAAAGGUACGUUUUAAGAGAACUCUGUUAGAGACAUCUCUCAUAUCCAACCCCAGGGGGGAAGAGGGUAUUCCGGAUUUCAAGUGACGGGGAUGACCGAAGGGGGCGAAAAUCAAAACCCAGAAAAAUCCGUAUGGCUUCCAACAAAACCCCAAAAUAUCCCUGGACCAAUAAUUAACCCCCAAACAUCCCAUGCCGAGUUUCCGAACCUUAAAAACCGCAGCCGCAGAACUACGCGGCCGGGAUACGCAGGUACUACCAAGAAUCUUCUGGUUGUUUUGAACGCCCCCUCCCACCCCCAGCUCCCCCCCCCCCAAAGAAAUCCGAGGGGACUGAGUUCGGCCACCAAGCGGUUCCCAGUAUCUGCAGGCUUUGGCCGUUCAUUGAUGCUGAAACGAAAAGUAUCAAACUUUCUUGUUGUAAAUUUUUAAAGAAUUAUAUCAAUUUUAUGUGUCUUGACCACCCGCCGCCGCCUCCCGGCCAGCUUUUUAAAGCUACAUCCAGAAAGAAAGAGCCAAGAUGACAUCUCUUUGAUUCAUGGCCUACUUCGCAUGUUAUCAAGAAAACGAAACUUUUUUGCCAUAUCUGGAAAAGACAUGAAAGCUCGUUGUCACAGAGCAUCAUUAAUUGUUCGAGAUAAGGACGUAGGAUGAGAUCGCGCCUCCAGUUUAUAAGUAAAUUAUAGCCUGGGUUCUCGGUUUUACUGAGUCCAUACAGGGCAAAGUUGCUAGAAUGAUGCGGGCUUAUUCUUCUUGUCUAUUUUUGCAAUUUUCUUUCAGUCUUCAGGUUUUUGCCCCAUCUUCGGCCUAUCAGAUCUACUCUCCUUUCCCGAAAAUGUUUAAAAAUCAUUUCCAAGUUAAAUGAAGGAAAUAAUUUAGAGCUAAAGUUCUCAAACUCAUUAAUAAUUUAUCAAGAAAUACAAAAGAAAUUAAUGUUUAAUGAGUGUUUGGAAAUCAGAUGAAAACUUGUCAUUUUUGCAUCCUUGAUUUCUCCUUCUAAAAUCAUUUUGUUUGAGAAGUAAUAUCGAGUAUUCGACAAAGUGUUUCAUCACCAGAUCAAUCAUCUCAAAGUUCGUCAGAAAUACUCCGCUGCGCGUCUUAUUUUUCAACUCUUCUCUCAACAGAUGAAACACCGAGUCUUCAUGCUUGAUAUAUUACUUAUAGCAUUGACCACACUUUCAUGAGAAGUUUCACUAGUAGUAAAACUAAUGUGAAAUUUUCUCAUUCUAGGUGGGAGGAGGUACUCGAAGGUUCUGCAUUUAAGAAGUUAAUAGAAAAGCUCCCAGAUGUUGCAGAAAUUGUUCUUGAUCAAUGUGUCACCUACAGUCCUUUGCCCCCAUCGCACGAGGACUUUACUGUCAAGUUCAACAUGAGAUAUAUUGAUCCCUACACGUAUUGUUAUAAAUAUACUGACUUCCCGCCUGCAAUCAUGGCCAAACAUAAGCGAGAAAGACUGUUGAAUCAUCUUGUUACACAAGUGUUACUUCGUGUGAAGUGGAUGAAACUUGGAAAGUUUGUUACUAUUUUUAAUCUUGUUUUUUUCGCCGUUUUUGUCAUUCUCUACUCUAUUUUCAUUUUAACCGCAAGAUCUAGAAGUACAUUGCUGUCCGGGAAAAAGGCUGAAGAACUAAAUCAAACAUCCGAGAUAGGAAUAGCAACUCCUAUCGUACUUCUUGUUUUGUUGCUUUCCCAAUUUAUAAAGGAAACGAUUCAACUUGCUUUGAUGCGAUUGGCCUACUUCCUGGACCUCUCAAACUGGAUGGAGACGGUAAUGUUUGUAUUGGCGUUGAUUUUUAUCCUUCCAUUCAUAUGUGGUGAGAAUGUCAAGGCUGUAUACAGUGAAACAGUACAGUGGAAUUCAGGGAUUGUUGCUCUGCUGCUAUGCUACGUCAAUUUGACAUUAGCUAUCCGUCGAUUCGGCGAACUUGGUUUAUACGUGACAAUGUACAUUGAAGUGCUCUGGACUUUUAUUAAAGUAAUAACCUCCUUUCUCAUCACUUUAAUUGGUUACUGCUUGGUGUUUUACGUGUUACUGAAAGGCCAGGUAAGAACUGUACUGGAAAGAUCGAACGUAAUUGUUGCCCCUUCUUUAGAGAUACUGGUAACAGGGAAAACGCCUCACUUCCGAUUGACUAUCGCCUUUGCUUAAGCUCCCUAAUACCGUAACUGCAUGAGGUGCCAAAUGACUAUCUGUCUCCCUUCGAACACUCGUGGAAGAUAAGUCACAUUUUUUUGCAUAGCGCACUUAUGCUUGCUUCCUGGUGCUGGGACUAUUUCACAUGAUCUUUUUUAACCCUCUUAAUUUUUUCCACUUUGUUAUAAGCCAACUUGACUAAGCUGGCAUGCGCCAUUCGUUCACUUUAACCAAUGCGUAUAGAGCCCUACUGGGUACUAGUCUCACUGUCAUUAAGGGCACGUGCAGAUGUAUUUAGGUCCACCUCAUUCAAAUGCAUUGGUUUCGACAAAGGAAAUAACUGUCGAUCGAGUUAUUCAGUUAAGACAAAUUUAACGUCCCCUGCUGGAGAUAAGAUCGAGAGCAGGCCAUUUUCACGAAGACGACAUAUGACUAGAACUACCAGAAUCUAUUUCUUUUUUUUCUGUCUUAUAAAUUGAUCAAUCCCGCUGAGGUUAAAAAAAAGAAAGCCUUUUUUGCACAAGAAAACAACAAACUGAAGCAUUCUGGUAGUUGUAAUACAAUGGCGUCAUCGUGCAAUUGUCCUAUUGAGCGAGUCAUCCGAUCGACGUGAAGGGCCGUCUUCCGUGCUGUUUCAAGACCCAGAGCGAUUGGCAUCGGAGACGAGACCUCCCGCUCUGCAGGCCAGAUUUCUACCAGUUGUAUUAACCGCGGGGGCUUCGCUACCUGUACGGCUGUUCGCACGGACGAAGCUGAACAAAUGUCAACUGAAAAAACUGGGUAGGGUUGACCUGUUAAAUGUGCGCAUCUCUGGAACAUUCCUAGCUCCGCCCCCUAAAGCGUACUUGGCAUUGGACCCUUUAUCCUAGAAUAGAGGUGAUAUCUGACAAAGUACCUUAUUAACGACGAAUUAUCUCUUUUGUCACCUUGCAGGGUAAUUUCUCGACCUUUUUGUUUGCCAUGGGAAAAAUCCUUGUCAUGAUGAUUGGUGAACUAGACUAUACUGAUAUUUUGGUGGUCGACUGGUCCAAUGAAGCCACGGUACCGUUGCCUAUGAUCACCAUUGGACUGUUCUUCCUUUUUGUCUUGACAGUCUCUGUUGUACUGGUCAACCUGCUGGUAGGUACAGCGAAACUACGUUUGUCAAGAAGGGCAACUCUAAUCGAGACUCUUUGUACCGAUGAUAUUCUUACGUGACAAUCUGGAUACGGUUCGGGUGUCAACAAGUGGGGUAGAGUUGUUAUGACGGGUGACCCGACGGGUGUUCGGACAAUGAAAAAAAAAAAUAGAAACGGUAAUACAUUUGGAAUUCGGCGUGAACAAUUUGUUUGUUCGUUUCUUUUUCUUUUUUUUUUUUAAGUUUAAGUACAAUCCUUCUUGUGACGAGUUUUGGUCACGUCCCCGUCACCCCACCUUUUUAUUGUCUCGCAUAAAUCUUGAACCCAUUUUGGCAGUUUUUCUGGCAAGUGGCGAAUAUCCAAAUCGCGGAUUUCAAAUUGCCCUUUUUUGAAUUUAUGAAGCAGUUUCCAGCCAUGUGAGGUCGCAACAUGUCAUAUAAUUGAGCUGAGACAACGCUGAUGUGCGUCGAAAUCUUCAAGUUUCAACGCUUCCAUUUCUGUAUGAUAUCAGGCCAAACAUCUUAACAACACUCACAAAAAGCUGGUUAAAAGUCAAAAUUGGAUAACAUGUGCUUUACUUGGAAUCACGAAAUCAACAGCCUUUUUGGUUUGAAAGCAGAGGGAGUGUUACAAUAUUUUUAAAGUACUAUUCAUGCAAAGAGUUCUGAGACUAGGGUACUUAAAUUUGUAGUCUUUGUUAGAAAACGUCCAAGAAUAGAGCCCUGCGGUACUCCUUGCAUGAUUUGAAGUGGGCUUAAUAGUGUGUCUCUAAUGUGCAUACUUUUUGUAUUUUAAAAAGCCCAAUAAAAGCUCACUUAAGUACGUAUUACUAUCAUCAUCGCCUUGGAAAUACUGAAUUUUGUUUCAUGUUUUGUAGGUUGGUUUGGCAGUUGGUGACAUAGAUUCAAUAAAAAGGACAGCAUCUUUGCGAUCUUUAAUAGAUCAAACGUUAAUUGUGGAAAAGCUUUUAAAGUCCUACCCGAGGUUUGUUCUGCGACAUGCACAUGACAGCAACAUGGAAAUAAAGCCAAACCGUAAUACUAUGGUUAAAAGGUGAGAAUGCAGCAAAUUUGUCUACUGUGUAAUGGUAUGUACAUAGACAGCUGUUUUUUGGGCUUUCAGUGCUAUCCAACUUUACAAAACUUGAAAGUUCAUCAAUCAUUAUUUUAUCCUCGAAAUCAAUUCAACCACCAUCCAUUGUAAAAGGAGGAACGGUUGUUGGACAUUUUCAUGCAAAUAUAGCCAGACAGACACACUACAGUGAAAGGGUAAAUAUGCAAGGACGUUUGUCUAGUACGUCUGAUUAUACAUCUACAAAGACAUCACGUUUUCUUGGUCGUGUAGUGCUAUUCAACUUUACAAAAUUUAAAUGCACAAAUCUCGUUACUUUCUCAAACUCAAUACUCCCACCAUGGAAUGUAAAAUAAAGAGGAGCUGUUAAAACUUUUGGUGUUGCCAAAGGAUGCAUUUUUGUUUUGACCUAAAGCAAAUUUAGACUGUUCACAGUCCCCAAUUUUUCCUUGUGAUCGUCGAGAUCAAGCGCUCACCGUCACUGGUAGCCAUUUUGUAAUUGGUUUCAAAUGUACCGAGGGGAGGGCGUCGGGUUUUAUAGCGGUGGGAAGAGCGAGGGGCGAAAAAUAAAAUUCUCUCCUCUUCCCAAAUUAUCCCCUCCUCCCUAAUUAGUUGAAAUAGUCAUAAGCUGGACUCCGUCAAAAUGGCCGCCUGUAGCAUUAAUCGCUCUCGACGAUCUUAAAGGAAAAUAGGGCGCGGUUCUAACUGUCUAAAGCAAAUGAACAUGUGAUAUCUGAUAAUCACAGACAUCGAUUUUCACUAGCGAAGGUCCCGUGGUUGUCCGUCUAAUACAGGUUUCACUGCAUUCUAAAAAACAACAACAAUAACAACAACAACACAUAUCCUGUAGUUUAGAAACAACUUUUCUGUUCCCCUGUUAACAGUUGUACUGUACACCACUAAUACUUGGUCGAAUGUAGACGGAUCACGAUCAACGGCACUUUUAGCAUAGCUUUGAACAAAAAUUAAAACAUUAGUUAUUGAUGUUUAGAUUUACAAUAAUGCUUCUUUUAAUCCCAAAGGUUUGUUCUGGCUGGCAAUGAUCUUUCAGAUAGAGAUUUUAUGGAAAAGCUUCUCAAUUACAGAACUGGAGAAAGCAGUCCAGGAGACGAACUUCGCGGAACUUUCGACAAAUUGAGACAAGAAAAGCAAGAGGAAGCCAUCCUUAAACUACAAGCCACAGUAGAAGCACAAGGCGAAAUUCUCAAGGCGAUUGCCGAUAGGUUAAAAAUUACUGAUUAGGAUUAAAAUUUAAAUAAAUCAAGAAGCUUGAUCUUUUCACAAAAGAAUACGCGGGUUUUGACAUAAAUAUAUCUAGGCGAGUUUCUAUUUCAUCGUCAGCGAGUUCUCACUCUUAAAAGCUAAAGAGAGAAAUGUCAAGCGUGAAAACUUGAGAUAGAAAUCCACCAAUCAUGAUUGAGGUUCGAAAUACACCAGUCAUAAGUAAUCA